ACAGCAAGCUUUACAGCCUUUGGCGUUUUUAUCGAACUUUUCUCAACUCACAAAGUCUGCAGUUCCAAUAGUUUUUCUUUUAGUGGAAAAGUUUCAGUGCGAUGUAGCUAUUUUCAAAGGGGAUUUUUUAUGCUUUAUUUGCACAAGCAAAGUACAAACACAUAUCCUAGUGAUAUUGACAUACUGCUGAUGUAGCUUGUUUACCCGUAUGUAUGUUCUACCAAAUACUAAUCUUAAGUUUAAGUGUAUGUAUAUAGCUCAGAGAUCUGAAUAAAAAUGAAGGUAAUAUACGCUGGAUACAGUAAAACUGGCACAAAGAGUAUGACAGCUGCAUUUAUGGAACUAAACUAUAAAACAUUUGACUGGCUUGAGAAUUCUUACUACCUUGGUAGAGAUUGGAGAAGGAUAAUCAAAGAAGGAGGAACAGUGGAAGAUUUUAGAAGAAUGUACGAAGGUGUGGAUGCUGUAGUUGAUGCACCUUGUAAUCUUUUCUGGAAAGAACUACUGGAAGCCUUUCCAGAAGCAAAGAUUGUAUUUGCUAUGCGGGACGAAGAGACUUUGCUCAAAAGCUUGGUAAAUCAAAUAAGAACAGCAGAGAAUAAUACGAUGUACACUAUCAUGCAAAUGCUUUCACCGUCAGGAUGGAAUCAUUUUACUUUUACAGAAUCAACGUUACAACUUGUGAUAUCUGCAAAACGAAGUUGGCCCUGGUCUAAGUUUCAACUUAGUCCGCUUGUCAUGGGACGAAACUACAGAACACACAAUGAGUACCUACUACAGAACGCUCCGAAGGAUAAACUAUUAAUUUUCAACAUGAAAGAAGGCUGGGAACCUCUCUGUGAAUUCCUGGGAGAGAAAGUUCCAAACAAACCUUUUCCUCAUGCUAAUAUUGGAGCCUCGCUUAUAAAAGAUUACAUGGAAAAUCACCCCAUUAUGAUGAGAAUGAUGCGAGAAACGAUGUUUUCUCUCGGAGUUCUUACUCUCAUUGGGGCGUAUGGUGGGUACAAGGUUUACCAAAACCCAGCAAGUAUAAAAGGUUGGAUCAACGCAGCAAUGACAAGGUUCAAGUUCUGGUGA